AUGAAAAAGCAUCGACUAACAAUUUAUAUUCAAGUUCUUAAUGAAAAAGCAAAUACUUGUAACAAAUUUGCUUUAUGUAAAGCAUGUAUCGAUAAAGUUUCUCGUGAAUAUGCUUAUAGUAAUAAAAUAGUUAACACAAAAAAAUGUGUUAAAAGUCAUUUAUCCAAGUGUGAGAAUUUUUUUGCUAUAUAUGGAGAGGAAAAAGGUUUAGAAAUUCUUCAGGAUACUGAUAGUGAAACAACUAAAGCUCAAAAUAUUUCAAGCAAAAAACGUAAUAGAACUUUUUUCAUAAAUGAUAACUUUAUUAUAAAAUUAAGUGAAGAUGAAUGUGAUUCAGAUAAUGAAAGUGUUAUGAUAUUCAAUUCUAAUACUACCAGUAGCACUUAUACUUCUAAUACUACUUUAUCAAAUAAAAUGGGAAUUGCAGGACUUCUUGAUAACUUUGCAAUACGAAAAUUAUCUAUAAAUCAAGAACGAAAAUAG